GCGCGUUCACAGCUGUGCAGUUACUCACAGCCGUGUGUUCACCACUGCACCUUCACCCGACGGACCAAACGUCGGAAUAUUCCCGGCACAAUAUUCACUGCCUUUGAAUUGAGGAAGAAUCGUUGUCGCACACACAUCUACUCACGAAGCUCCACCUAGUACUGACUGACAUCAUGGCGGGAUCUUCCGCGGUGGACUAUUCACCAGUUCGCGAAGCUGGGCGCAUCUUUUCUUUUCUCUGUGAUCAAGCUGAGCAGCUUGAUUUACCUAAAGAAGUGACUGAGGGCAAGGAUGCCGUUUCUUUCUCUUCAACACAUGACGAAGUUUACUUUCCAAUUCCUUUUAAGGAAACCGAGACGCUUGCUGCCCUUAAGGGUGUUGAGGGUUCCGUAGCCGGUGCUAUUGCAGACCUCCGCUAUGGACCUUCUGAACACAAGCGCAAUGUCAGCAUAAGUCUUGAACGGGCGACUGCGUUCGGCUGCCAGGCUUAUAUGGCUAAGGUCGACGGGCUGUCCAAGUUGGACCCCGAGGUGAAGAAGAAGCUCAAGGAUACCGACUUGCUUGCAGCCCAAUCCAAUGGCUACCGCCGGAUGUCGGCGAACCUCUACAAGACCAAGAACGACAACGAGUACUUCCACAUCCACGGCUCGUUGGAGGCCACCACAACGCUCAACAUGAUUGGCCUGGAAGGGCAGCGUCCCGACCUGACAGACUACGAGGAGAUCAUCAAGGUCAUUGAGAGCCACGUGCAAAAGUACAGCGCCGCAGAGCUGGAAGAGAUGAACAGAGAAAGACGACAGGCGGGUGUGACCGCAUUCAAAUAUGAGGAUUUCAAGAAGACCCCGCAUGGAGCACUCAACGUCCAACAGCCUCCGUGGAAAGUCAGCCGUCUGAAUGGAGACUUGCCGCCGACCCCAUUCCCAGCCAGCCGCAACGGCAGCAAGAGAGUCCUCGAAGGUGUCAAGGUUCUGGAGCUAUGCCGCAUCAUUGCCGGCCCUACUGUUGCACGUAUCCUAGCCGAAUACGGUGCGGACGUGCUAAAGAUCACCAGCCCCAACCUCUCCGAUGUCCCUUUCUUCCAAGUUGACGGCAACAUGGGCAAGCACGCCGCCGACCUGGACCUCAAGAGCGAAGCAGGUCGCCGCCAGUUCGAGCAGCUCGUGGCUGAUGCCGACGUUGUUGUGGACGGGUACCGCCCUGGUGCGCUUGAGAAGCUGGGCUAUGGCCCCAAUGCUCUUGCUGCUUUAGCUGAGAAGCGCGGCAAGGGCAUUGUGUACGUCAACGAAAAUUGUUUCGGUUAUGAAGGAGAGUGGGCCGGCCGUCCUGGCUGGCAGCAGAUCGCCGAUUGCGUCACCGGUAUCGCCUGGGCUCAAGGUCAAUUCAUGGGCCUCUCCAGCCCUGUCGUCCCCCCCUUCCCCAUCUCCGACUACGGCACCGGCUGCAUGGGCGCCAUUGCCGCCCUGACUGGUCUCUACAACCGCGCCAAAUACGGCGGUUCGUACCACGGCAAAGCGUCUCUCAUGCACUACGACCUGCUUCUCUUUGCCGUAGGCCAAUACUCAGAGGCCAUGCAAGAGAAGAUGCGCGCCGCGCAGCCCGCAGAGUUCUUCAAGCUUCGUCAUUGUGACAGCGUUGAUCGCAUCUCAUCGACCGUUCUUAAGAUAAUGCAGGCACGUUUCCCUCACCUCUACCGUGCUCCUGAGGAGGCUGGCGCCGAGGCCCUUACGGAGAAAUGGUUCUCUAAGGCGUACAAUGCGGACAUUGAGAUCGUUCGCCCGAUUGCAGAGAUCGAGGGUGUCGAUAACUCGUUUGUUCGGUCCAGUCGCCCCAACGGUACUGAUGCAGCGAAUUGGGAGGACUUUGAGAAGGAUGUUGAUAGCCGGAAGGCGUAGACCUACAUACAUAGGACCAUUUAUGACAAAUAUUACCAGUAAUGAACAUCACCACAAA